AUGCUUGAGAAUAGCUAUAACAAUGACAGCGUUAUGGCCGUCAUCCGUGCUGCCGAGGCCAAACGCUCCCCGGCAUUGAUUGAGAUCUUCCCUUGGUCAAUGCAUUUCCAAGGCCCGCAUUUUGUCAAGUACAUAGUUGAAGCCGCCCACGAUGCCUCGGUUCCUAUAGGUGCUUUGGCCCUGGACGCAUCCAGACUAGAACCCAAGGAAAACAUGCAGUACUGUAAGAGAAUUACCGAGCUCGCCAAGGCACGGGGCAUUACAGUGGAGGCAGAAUUGGGUCGCAUUAACAGUGGGGAAGAUGGUAUUCCAGACGCCGGUGAGCUUGAAGAGAUCUUAACCGAUCCACAACAUGCAGCAGACUUUGCCCGUCAAACGGGGGUCCAUUAUAUUGCACCGUCAUUUGGCAAUAUUCACGGCCCUUACCCUGAGGGCGGCUCUGAGAAAUACUGGCAACUUGACCGACUCAAAGGCAUUGCCGACGCCCUUGGUCCCUCAAUUCCACUCGUCAUCCAUGGCAUGCACCCGGUCCCGGAUUGGCUCUUUCGGCAAGCCAUUGAAGCAGAGGAUGCCGGCUACCUGGAGCUCACUGCUCUGAAAGAGCAGUCACUUGCAAUCUAUCAGAAAUCGGUCGAGGCCUUGAUGGAUGUCCUUGGAUCAUCAGGUCAAGCACCAUAGGUGUGCAAGGAUGUUUGUUACUGUCAGAGGAUAUUUAUAUUGGAAGCGCUUUGGUGGUGCGACCGAUUCAGGAGGUCGUAGUUGUCUCAGAUG